AUGGGCCAUCCCCGGGGUAGGGGCCGAAGGCAGGCCGAGACCCAAAAAGCGCCAGAGCCGCAGCCAAAGGAGCCGAAGGCCAAGGCGGCCAAGAGAAAGCACCGGGAUGCAGGUCGGGCCGAAUCAUCGCAGCGAUCUCGACGAGGCGCGAAGCGCAAAGCUGAUCACCCACAGCCUCACGAUGCGGGUAGCCUGGAUGACAGUGAGGAGAUGUGGGACGAUGUGGACGUGCAAGACGUAGAUGACUCGGAGCACGAGGAUUCUUCGGACCAGGAGGCUGGCUUCCAUGGACGCCGUGAUGCAGGCGGCAACGGAGCAUCCGAGUCCGAUCGGGUGUACCGGCAGCUUCUACGACAAGGAGCUGAGCCGGCAGUCAUCGGCCAGAAACGCAAAGCCACGAGCAAGGAAGACGAAGUUGAGAUGGAGCUGUUUACGCCUGAUGCAGCCAAGAAGGCACGACUCAUUCCUGACGAGGGUCGCCGUCCCAUGAGGAUGGGAAUGGGCGGAAUGGGAGUUCCAUCUUUCGGCUCGUUCUUCUUCUGA